UUUCAUUCGUGCUCCCUUCCAUUUUCAUUCGUACCAAAAACUGCGCUCGCUGUAUUUAUUUAGUACUGUUACAGUGUUUGGUUUGAUUUUCGAUGCUGAAGUAUAAGAAAAACAUUGAUUAGCGUCACUAAGUUGCAUCGACCUUUGAAAACUUAUUCGAUGAUAACGGUUUGUCGCAAAAGAUUUCGAAAUUUUGAAUGAGAGCUCAAUCGGUCCACAGGAUGAUGACCAGGAGAAAAUCGGAACACGAGUCACAGGUCGUGCAGCAGAAAAGGGAAGAGCCUGGAAAUCAGUUGCAUCAGCAGAACAGAGCGGAAGUGUCCGAGGCUUCAAAAACAGUCAGCCAAAAAUCAGUUCAACAGAAGAAAGCUUCACGAAUCAACCAACGAAGAGUAUCGGAAGCGGCACCAGGUGUACUGCAAAACGGUUCCCAACAGGCCAACAGUGUUCAAAAUGGAAUGGAUACCGAAGGCAUUCCGAAAUUCAAAGGGUAUCGUAUUAUAGAAAUCGACCAUUUUCUCCAGUGGGCAGCAUAUUCACAAUUUAUGCACUCCAAACACUGUCCGGGUGGGCUGUUAAAACCCUAUCAGGAAUAUGUUAGUGGUUGCUAUUCAACGUUCGCAAUGAAGUGCAGCAAAUGCUCGGCGAUAAUAACACGGUCUUCGGAAAACUAUAUACACCACAAUAAACUAAUGAACCGGCUAGUGAAGGGAACCGUUCAGAUGGGUAAAGACUACGAAGAGAUGGGCAGUUUUAUGGAAUCGCUGGAGAUUCCAUUUGUCACUAAGGAAGAAUUCGGAACGAUCAAAUCCCAGAUGCAGCUCAACUCUUCGCUAGAGGAUCAAUCUUCGUUGCAGAAGGCGGUGGAGGAACUGGAAAUGGCAUCGGUCGCUUCGAAGCGAAAACGACACGGAAGUUGCAAAUAUCAUUACGAAGUUUUGAAAGUUUACUUGAACAAAAAAAUGCGCAAGAUAGAGGAAAAUCUGCAGUUGUCGGUGAAUGAUUCCGUGGCAUUAGCAGUAAAUGCUCACUUGAAAAAUGUCGCCCAUGUACAAUUACUAUCCACUAGUCCCAGCAAUCAAACUUCCGGUGGAAGCAGCACAAGCAUGACCGUUACUAGUCAAACUAAUCGAUUCGGAGCGGGCUAUUCGAAUGGGCCUCCUCCAGCGAAGGGUACCACAGCUCAUAACAAUUAGGGAUUCUGUCGAUUUUCCUGACAGUUGUUUACCAGUGUAUAAAGUCGGCAUGUACAAACCACGUCUGUUAAAAGUGUUCAUACGGAUCAGGUAUUUGUUGUUUUUAUGUCUCCUUUUAUUUGUGAUCUCAACUAAUUGAUGUGUAAAAUUCUGUCAUCCCAAUCGAGAAUCCCAGUGUUACGUUUUAGAUUUCACAAUUCCUCAGGACAUGCUUCCAAAAAUACCUUUAGAUUUUAAGAAAAAAUGAAAUGGAACGAUUAAAAUAAGUUAUCGAGAAAGCAUUUACUUUCGGUCCUGCCAUACCUCGUUGUGUUGUAAUGUAGUUACGGUAUUGUAGACAGAACUAGACAUUUAAUAAAAAAAAACGUAGAGCAAAGAAAUUAUUUUAUUUGAUUGGAUGAUAAUUUACCGUGGUUUUGAGUCGAAUUUGUGAUCACAUCGCUGGAUUUCUAAACACCACAAAAAAUCAAUAAACAAAACAAGAUCAUCAACGUCAUCCAGAGAGAUUGUACCAUUGACUUAGUAAUCAUUUGUUUAUAUUGAUUAAAUUAUUGAUUGAAUGAAA